AUGGUUGAACAAAAAAAUAUGACUUCAAUGAAGAGUGACUCUGAAAGCGACCUGGAUUCGGAGUUUUUGAACCUCGCCAAGAACAAAAAUAAAAGAAAACAUUCUCCAAAGGCAAAAUAUUCUUCAGAAUCAGAUUCCGACAGCGAUGAUUCAUCAAAAAACAGCAAGAAGAAACUGAAAAGUGAUUCUGUCUCUUCUGAAUCUUCCGAAUCAAGUUCCGACAGCGAUGAUUCAUCAAAAAAGAGCAAGAAGAAUGGAACAGGGCAUUCUAUCUCUUCUGAAUCUUCAGAAUCAGGUUCCGACAGCGAUGGUUCAUCAAAAAACAGCAAGAAGAAUGUAGAAAGUGAUUCAGUCUCUUCUGAAUCUUCAGAAUCAGGUUCCGACAGCGAUGAUUCAUCAGAAAACAGCAAUAAGAAAGUGAAAAGGGAUUCUGUCUCUUCUGAAUCAGAAAAAGAAGAAAGCGGCAAGGAGGAUGACGGAAAGGCAUCAGAACCCGAAGAGGGAGAGGUCUCCGAUUCCUCCAGUUCGGAAGAAGAGUUCAACGACGGUUACGACGACCAGUUAAUGGGUGACGAGGAAGACAGAGCCAGGCUGGCCUCGUUAACGGAGAAAGAAAGGGAAACGGAGAUUUUCAAGCGUAUUGAGCAAAGGGAGCUUAUGAAGACUAGGUUUGAGAUCAAGAGGAAGCUCAGACCAGCAAAUAAAGCAGGACGUACCAAAGAGUCAUCCAAAGUAAAAGGAAAGGACAAUGACAAAGAUGUCGAAAAUAAUUGCCAAAAUGGCUUGAGCGCUAUCGACCACAAAGGAAGAAGCAAGGAACGUAAGAAAAACAUAGAAGAAAACCGCGGUAGAGUGGAUAAACGUGUCAACGCUAUGGCGGAACUGAAAGCCAGGCGUGAGGAGAAAAUUAAAAGGGAGGAAGCAGAAGAAGAACAAAAGAAAAAAGAUGAGGCGGAGCAGAUUCUCUCCAAGAAAACCGAAUUGAAACUGAAGGCGUCUGAUAUCUACUCUGAUGAUAGUGAAGAUGAUGGUGGUGGGUCUAUUUUACACUCUUCGCCCGACUCGAGAGACAAUAAUGACAACAAAGAUGAGGACAAGUCAUCAGCUUCGAAACCUCUCACGUACUUGCCGACCCGGCAGGACCUGAACCUCAUCCGCCUAUCGAGGCACAAGCUCGAGCGGUUCGUGCACAUGCCGUUCUUCGACCGCAUCGCCAAGGGUUGUUACGUCAAAGUGGGCAUAGGAGAGCAUAAUAACGCCCCCGUCUACAGAGUAGCUGAAGUUAUAGGGGUGUGCGAGACGGCAAAGAUUUAUAAUUUGGGGAAAACGAAGACGAAUAAGGGUUUGAAAGUCAGACACGGCACCCAAGAGCGAGUAUUCCGACUAGAAUUUGUAUCGAACCAGGAAUUCUCCGACCAAGAAUACCACAAGUGGAUCGAAGCGAGCACCGCGGCGAAUAGCGACCUGCCCGUCAAGUCAAAGAUCGACCAGAAGCAGGCCGACAUCAAAGAGGCGAUCAGCUACGAAUUCAAUGAGCAGGACGUCGAACGGAUCAUCCAGGAAAAGCAGCGGUUCAAAUCGAACCCUUUCAACUAUGCCAUGAAGAAGACGCAGCUGAUGAAGGAGAAGGAGUUGGCGCUAAGCAGGGGGGAUGAAGAGGCUGCCAGGGAGCUCGGGCGAAAGUUAACGAAUCUCGAGGAGAGAGCUACGGAGUUAGACAAGUUACGAACGUCGACGAUAUCUAGUAUAUCGUACAUAAAUAAUCGUAAUAGGAGGAAGAAUGUUGAGGAGGCGGAGAAGGCAAUUAUGGCAGAGGUUCGGGCGAACAAAGGAAAGAAGAUUGAGGAUCCAUUCACCAGAAGAUCAACCAAACCUCGGAUGAAUUUCAAAGCAGGUGAGAAAGAGGCCCGUGAUGCAGCCCUGGCGGAAGCUCCUGCCGAACUCAAGAAACCAGAAGUUCCGCAGAAACCUGAUACUAUUUCGCUAUGCAAUAGCUUCUUCAGGCAUGUCUAA